AUGAUCAAUCGCCCUGACUACGAGCGCGUCGAGAAACCUCAUACAAGAGGCAAGACACUCGGUGGCUGCAGCGCCUUGAAUUACUUCACCUGGGUUCGGGGAAGUCAUGGUACUUAUGAUGACUGGCAGGAGUAUGGUGGCCCCGGCUGGAAUUGGAACGGGUGCGAGGAGUAUUUCGAUAAGAACAAGCCAGCAAACUAUCAUGACGAUAGCAAGCACUUCAGCCCACGAUUGGCCAAAGUAGGACGCAAGGGUCCGCUCGACGUUGCAAUCUCAGACAUGGUCCCAGAAUUAGAGCCUUUUCGACAUGCACUCUCCAACGCGUGGGUAAGUAAGGGCGAAAAGUUAACCGAGAACAUCUACGAAGGGCAAGUUAAUGGCUUGGUCAAAUGCAUGAAUACCAUCUAUAAAGGUGUUCGAUCGACAAGUGCAGUCUUCCUGGAUGGCAAGCCCAAUAUUACACUUAUCGCAGAGACCCAGACCAAACAGCUUUUGAUCAACGACGGUGUAGCUGUCGGUGCGAUUGUAGUAGCUGCUGAUGGUACCGAGUUCACAGUCAAAGCAAAACGGGAGGUGAUCCUAUCAUGCGGUGUAUUUGAAACACCUAAGCUGUUGAUGUUGUCUGGUAUUGGUCCAAAGAAGCAGCUCGAGACUUUCGGCAUCAACACCAAGGUCGAAUCACCCCACGUCGGCCAAAACUUGCUUGACCAUCCUAUCAUGCCACACGUGUUCAAGUUGAAAGACGGUUAUGGACUCGAUAGCCACUUGCUAAGAGCGGGGCCCAUGCAAGAAGCAGCAGUACAAGCAUAUCAACGUGAUCACACAGGUCCUCUCCACAGCGGUCUGCUUGAGCUUGUUGGCUUUCCACGGAUCGAUAAGGCUCUUGCUACAAGCAAAGCAUACGUGGCUGCAAAGAAGAAAAAUGGCAAUGUAGAUCCCUUCGGUCCAGAUGGCCAGCCGCAUUUCGAGAUCGACUUCGUCCCAAUGUUCUGUACGGCAUUCCAAUGGCACAUCCCAGUCCCUCUCCAAGGCGACUAUUUCACCAUAAUUGUCGACCUGUUGCGACCUGUCUCUCCUCCUGGUGAGGUCAGGCUACGGUCCGCGGACUAUAAAGUCCAGCCAUACAUCAACCUCAAUUUCUUUGCUGACGAUCUAGAUCUUGUCGUGCUGCGCGAGGGGGUAAGAUUCAUCGACGAUAUCGUAAAGAAUGGCGAUGGAAUGAAAGAUCUAGUUGGCGAAGACUAUCCAUGGCCAAUGCCGCGUGCUUCGGAUGAAGCGAUGAAUAAGACUAUACUGGAGCGUAGCCAAACCGGCUUUCAUCCUUGUGGAACCUGUAGAUUGUCUCAAAGCAUUGAGCAAGGCGUUGUUGAUGGAGCGUUGAAGGUGCACGGCGUCCAAAAUCUCCGGGUCAUCGAUGCUUCGAUCUUCCCCAUCAUUCCUGAUUGCAGGAUCCAGAAUGUUGUUUACAUGGUUGCUGAAAAGAAAAAGGGAGCCGACCUCGUCAAGAAAUCUCAUCCAACCCUUUUCAAGGCAGUGUAA